GAACAUUUCUACGCCUAUUUUAGCCUCUCUUCUUGAAGAGAGGGAGAGAGGGAAUUAUCUUUCUUUCCCAUCGGCCCUCUUGUCCCCCCAGUGAUGUGAUUCCUUUUCUUUUUUCUCUCUCUCUUUCUCUCAGAUUUCUUUUUCUUUCUGUCUCUCUCUCUCUCUACUGUAGGGGGACGGAAGCAUUAUCUAUGGUUGUCUGGGAGUAUACACACUGAUAUUGUUUUUAUGAAAUGGGAAUUUUCUUCACAAAGAAGAAGAGGAAACAGAUAUUCUAAUGGCUGAAUGCUCUUUUCUUGGGUUCUCUGCCUUGUGGGAUGGAGCAUAAAGCAUGGAGUUAAAAGCUAUGGAGAAUUGCUAUUCCUGAAGAUGCAACAUCAGCUUUGAUGUGUUCGUUUUCUAAUCUUGGGGAGGACAUCAUGUUGAUGCAAGCAGAUUUUGAUCUGAAUUCAGCACAAAUAUAUACUGAGUCGCUCAAAGAAUUUCUGAAGAAGACUAUGCUUGACCAGGAGGUUAUGUUUAGGAAGCAGGUUGAGGAACUUCAUCGAUUAUAUACUAUACAGAAGACACAGAUGGAGAAUCUUUCCUGGAAGGAGUUUGAUAGAUACAAUUCAAGGAAAGCAAGCACCCAAUCAACACUGAUACCUUCUACAAAUCUAGGGAGACAUGAACCAUUUGCAAAAGAAAAAAAAAUUUCCUCGAUUCCCAUGGAGGACUCAACACAAGCUAGAAGUCACGUGCUGUUUGAAGGGCACCAGGGUAUGUACUCUAAGCUUUGGCAGAAGCCUUUAGACCUUCAACUGUCUGCUGACCAGUACAUUAGCCAUGUUGAUCCAGAGUUGAAGCUUUCUCUGAGUACUGGCGAGGACAGUUGGAGAAAGAGGAGUGCUAAGAGAAUUUGGUUCAGUAAAAAUGUUCAUUCCUCCACCCACGAUAUUAUUGAUUUAGAAGAGUCUAGUGAGGGGAUAUCAAAUGAGGACGAAAAACAUGCACCUUCCUUAAGCUUUGCUGCUCUGACGAAUAACUUUGGAGGCAAGCAUGAGUCAGAUUCUGUACUUUCUGAUCUGGUCAUCUCAAGCUGUGUGAAGAAGGAUUUAGCAUAUGAGAUUGCGGACAGUCACCCUCUCCUAGAUGACAGUGAGUGCUGUCAAGAGAAGAACUCUUUCAAGAAAGGAUUUAAAAAUUGCCAUGUUGGUGUCCUAAGUACCAAUCCGUCCACCAAGAUGCAACUGCCUACUUCAUUUAAAGCAGCAAAUGUGGACCUUAACAAAGUUCAGCUUGAUGACUCCUCUUCUUACUCUAAUGAUCUUGUUGUGGCCCAUCCUUCAACAGCUAGUUCACCCCAUGUUUUCAUUGAACGAGUUGGCAGGGUUCAGGACACUUGUGUGUCCAUGUCUAGGAGAAAAGAAAACAAUAAUUGCUCGAAUGAAACCUCUGACAUGUUUCACCAAGAUGAUGCAGUGAAUUCUCCCUUAAUAGAUUUCAACAGCAAAAGCAAGAGAACAGAAAUUUGGGCUAGAACUUCCAAGUUUGAUGGAGUGGGUGGAAGUGAAGUGGGGCUUUCAGGUGUUGAGGCUAUCUCCAGGGCCCCACCAGGCCUUCAUGGAGACCUUGGUAGCAACAGUAGUGACCCUAAGAAUGAAAAUUUUAGGUUCAUGUCAGAACUUUCAAGUGAUAUUUUAGGUGACUCACAUUAUACAUGUCUAGCUAAUGGACAAAUAAACUUUGAUAAGAGCAAAGUUGAGAAUAUUAUACUUUCAGGUUCUGAACAAAGUCAAGUUACAGUUCAAGAUGGAUGUGGCAACAUGUCUCCUGCUUCAUGCAAGUCCCAUUGCAAUGUUGAGAAUGAUUCUAGUAGUAUAAAGACUAUGCAAUCUGGAAUUGAAAAGGGAAGUUCAAAUCUUUCUACCUUUGAUCAGUUUUCUGGAACUGAUGUAGUCUGCCAAGUUGCAGAAACCUUAUCAGGCAAUCAGGACCAAGGAUCUUCUGACAGCAGUGAAUCAAAACAUGGAUGCCUCAAUAAGAAAGGAGAAUCAUCUGAACCAGAUGUGUUGAUUCGUAUGGCAGCUGAAUCACUUGUUCAUUUCUCCUUGGAAAUUUCAUCUGGUAAUCAAGAUUGUUGUACCAGAGCAGGACUAAGUGAGAUGAGAAAUGAGGAAAAGGAGCAGCCACAGUAUUCUUCUGAUUCUUUUGAGUUAAUCACUCUAAAUCUAAAAGAAUGCAGUGCAGAUGACUAUUCUGUAUCAUCAAAGCCAUUUGAAGUAAAUGACAUGGAGACAAAGGAUUUUUCUUGUAGGUUAAGAAGGGGGAGAAGAUUGAAAGAUUUUCAGAAGGACAUACUCCCUGGUCUUGCAUCUCUUUCCAGACAUGAAAUUCGAGAGGAUAUAAACAUUCUGGAGGCAGUUCUAAGAUCAAGGGAGUACAGGAAAAUCAGAGCAAGGAUGGGUGAUGGACAGAGCUCGUGUGCACCCGUUAGAAGCAGACGGUCAAGAAUUAAUUACAAUGGGAGGAAAAAAUUAUAAUAAAAGUUAAUUCUAAAUGGUGAGUGCCGUGGGAAUGGCAUUGUUCAUAAGCAUGGUCAUGUGGCCUUGUAUACCUUUAUUGCAGGAAUUCUUUAAGCCAAAAUUUCUGAUAUUAUUAUUUUUUUUAUAUUUUUUAUUUAUGCAUGUUUGAUUUCUUGUU